CUCUUGGAAAGGACAGAGGUGAUGGGUGCGAAGUGCUGAGUGCUUAAAGGUGGCACAGGAGAAAGCUGGUCAGCAUCAGGUCCUCGGACAUUUGGGGAAGGAUGGAAAAGUCCGUUGCUGUCUGGGCCAUGCCUAGGGAGGGCACGGGGAAGGUCCCAGGACAGCUCUGGGCAAGCUCUUAUCUUUUCCCUUCACUUUGUUCCUCCCCAUCCGGGAACGGAGCAAAUACUUGGAGCUUCUCAUUCAGCCCAGGCCUCCCCUCACCUGGGAACGCCCUCCAGCUACACAUCCGAAACCUAGUCUCUCGUUGGCCUAAGACUUGUUGUGGACCUAGGACAUGCCCUUCCAUUUUUCUGAGACCUGGCUCUGUGGAAAUGUGCCCACAGUACCUCCUCUGUGGUAGGUAGGAGGCAGGGGAGUGGGGGGUCAACUCAGUGAGAAGAGUCGGACUCAGUGAGAGAUGUGCACAAGAACGCAGUGUGUAUGCAGGCAGGAUGAUAAGGGACACUGUCCCUUCCUCAACACUCCUGCUGCUCUGUACCUUCAGCCCUCCAUCCGACCUUCCCUAAUUUGGAGCUCCCCCGACCCCCCAGGAACCACUCCUGUACUGGCUGGAACCAGCCUGUAUUCUAGAAUCUUGUCCCCUCCUAUGUCCCCGUGGUUCUAGCAUAUCCCACUGCGACGCCAGACCGUGCGCUCUAGAACCGGAGGGGUCAGCUGCUUCUCCUGAACAGUGCUGACUUGCUCAGCUUCCACCGUUGGACUGGAGUCUGUGCGGCCACCACGAUGCGGUGGCGGGACCGGCUGGCUGUGCUCUUCUUCCCACAAGGCAUGGUGCUCACCGCAGCUGCCCUGAUGCUCUUCCUUAUACACCUUGGGGUCUUUGCCAGCGACGUGCACAACUUCUGCGUCACCCACCACUACGACCGCAUGAGCUUCCACUACACAGUUGUCCUGAUGUUCUCCCAGGUGAUGAGCAUCUGCUGGGCCGCCAUGGGGUCACUCUACGCUGAGAUGACAGAUGACAAGUUUCUUCGGUGCUUUGCCCUGACCAUCCUGAUACUAAAUGGAGCCAUGUUCUUCAACCGCCUGUCCCUUGAGUUUCUGGCCAUCCAGUACCGUCAGGAGAACCACUGAGGCCUGAAGACUGGGCUGAGAAGGGGGAAGGAAAAGGAGGCUUCGGUGUUUUAAUAAAGUCUGUCGUUUAUUUC